UGCCACUUAUUUCCGGGAUUUUAUUUUCUCAAAAAAUCUAAAUUGUUUCCCUCUUCGCAAACGAAAUAAAAAGAAAAAGGCAAAGAGUCUUUAAGCGGAGUUGAGUUACAAUAUCGAUAUUCGAGGAAACUUCAAUGUGGACACGAAUAUCAAACUUAAAGACUUUGUGAAAGAGAGAGAGGGUUAUCUAGGGUUCUUCUUCUCUUCAUUCUCAUCAUCGAGCGCUCUCAUCUCAUGGCUGGACGAUCAUGGCUGGUUGAUAGUAACCGCAUUGCUACUAAAAUAAAGAGUGCUUCUGCUUGUUCUGACCCGCGCCAAGUUGUGUGGAACAGUAAUCCUACUAGACACUGUCCCAACUGUCAUCAUGUCAUCGACAACAACGAUGAAGUUGAUGACUGGCCAGGCUUGCCACGAGGUGUCAAAUUUGAUCCAUCUGAUCCAGAGAUCAUCUGGCAUUUGCUUGCAAAAUCUGGUCUGUUGGGUUUAAGCUCACACCCUUUCAUUGAUGAGUUCAUCCCAACUGUUAAUCAAGAUGAUGGUAUCUGUUACACACAUCCUAAGAACUUACCAGGUGUGAAGCAAGAUGGGACUGUGUCCCACUUCUUCCACAGAGCAAUCAAAGCUUACAGCACAGGAACUCGAAAGCGUAGAAAGAUUCACGACGAUGAUUUUGGGGAUGUGCGCUGGCACAAGACAGGAAGAACCAAACCGGUUGUCUUGGAUGGUGUUCAAAGAGGUUGCAAGAAGAUAAUGGUUCUAUACGGUGGGAAAGCCGUUAAAACCAACUGGGUGAUGCAUCAAUACCAUUUGGGGACAGAUGAAGAUGAGAAAGAAGGUGACUACGUUGUCUCCAAGAUAUUCUACCAGCAGCCACAGCAGCUAGCAAUACUCAAGCAAGGUGGUGGUGAUAAAGCUGAAGAGGAUGUCUCUGAAGAUAUCUUUGCUGCAGCCACUCCUAGAGUGGAUCCUGUCACUCCUAAACUGUUUACGCCUGAGCCUCCGCAAGGUGUUCGAGUUUACUCUGAUUCUCAUUUUGUAGAUGACUAUGCUGUUCCUCAUGACUAUGUAGCUGCUCCUGAAGUUUCUCUUGCUGAGAUAUCCGAGGCAGUGUAUAUGGAAGAUGAGGUUCAGGGAGUUCAACGUAACCAUGAAAGAACAAGUUCUGAGGAUGAGCCUGCACCUGAGACUGGGAUUGGAAACCGAGAUAAUGAAAUAAUGGUAUAUGACAAAGAAGAGAAAGAGACAGAGAACGAGAAUGAUAAGGAAGAUGGAAACGUUCAAGAAGACAAAGAAGAUGAAAACCAAGCUGAGGAAGAUCCGAAUUGGUUGGACAGUGGUGGAUCUCAGUUUAUCUUGGACUCGCAACAGCUUGUGGAAGCCUUGUCUCUUUGCGAUGAUCUCUUGCAGGAUAGAGAUGAGAACACAAACAAUGGAGGAGGCUCAAGGAACAAGCAGCCAUGUUUUGGUGAUUACGCACACUUGGGAGGAACAGAUGACUUCAAAAGGGACCUUGAGGAUUGUCAGAAACUCGUUCUUGAUCCCUCCAACAUAGACCUUGAUACUCCACCCGAGUUUCGUCUGAGCCAGCUGGAAUUUGGAUCACAGGAGAGCUUUCUCGCUUGGGGCACGGGAAAGACUGACUGAUGAAAUAGAACUCCCCACUGUUAUUUUUUGGUAGGCAAAACGGUGCCACGCUGCUGUAUAAUAUGUUCCUCCAAGUGCUUUGAUUUCAAAACUGUUUUUUUUUUUGGUUUUUGUUUUCGGAUUUAGAACUACUACUUUGGAACGUUUCUUAGAUCUAACUAGCAAUGUCUUUAUGUAAAUUUAGUGAGUCCAAAACCUCCAUGUUUGGACUUUAAUCUCUCCGGAGCUGUGUCCAGGAUUUCACUAGGAAGCUCUUUCUUA